GGCGGAAGGGCCGUGGCGCCCCCUUGCGUGGCGCGUCGGUCGCAGAGUCGCGUGACUUCAACCCUCUCUUCACAAAGUCGCGCGGCUGGAUCAUCAUGGUCCGAACCCCAUUGCCGGCCUCUGCAGGUCGCCUGCCGGUCCCAGGCUCCCGCGGCCGACCCCUGCGCAAUAUGCAGCCUACCAGCCGCAAGGGUCCCCGCGCGCACAGCCGGCGGUAUCUGUGGCGUCUCCUGCUCCUGCUCCUGUUGCUGCUGUGGCAAUCCAUAACCCGCGCAGAGAUUACGCCGGACACCCCCAGAGCCCUCUCCAUGCUGGGUGCCUCCAGCCUCUUCACCACGACCGACACCCCCAGCGCCCUCACUACGCCAGGCCGCACUACGCCAGGCACCCCCAAAACCCUGGACCUUCGGGGUCGCGCACAGGCCCUGAUGCAGGAUUUCCCGCUGGUGGAUGGCCACAAUGACCUGCCCCAGGUCCUGAGACAGCGUUACAAGAAUGUUCUUCAGGAUGUUAACCUGAGAAAUUUCAGCCAUGGCCAGACCAGCCUGGACAGGCUUAGAGAUGGCUUCGUGGGUGCCCAGUUCUGGUCAGCCUCCGUCUCAUGCCAGACCCAGGACCAGGCUGCUGUGCGCCUCACCCUGGAGCAGAUUGACCUCAUUCGCCGCAUGUGCGCCUCCUACUCUGAACUCGAGCUUGUGACCUCAGCUGAAGGUCUGAACAAUUCUCAAAAGCUGGCUUGCCUCAUUGGCGUAGAGGGUGGUCACUCACUGGACAACAGCCUCUCUGUGCUGCGCAGUUUCUAUGUGCUGGGAGUGCGCUACCUGACACUCACCUUCACCUGCAAUACACCGUGGGCAGAGAGUUCUACCAAGUUCAGACACCAUAUGUACACUAACGUCAGCGGGUUGACAAGCUUUGGUGAGAAAGUGGUAGAGGAAUUGAACCGCUUGGGCAUGAUGAUAGAUUUGUCCUAUGCAUCGGACACCUUGAUGAGAAGGGUCCUGGAAGUAUCUCGGGCUCCUGUGAUCUUCUCCCACUCAGCUGCCAGAGCUGUGUGUGACCAUUUGUUGAAUGUUCCCGAUGAUAUCCUGCAGCUUCUGAAGAAGACUGGUGGCAUCGUGAUGGUGACACUGUCCAUGGGGGUGCUGCAGUGCAACCUGCUUGCUAAUGUGUCCACCGUGGCAGAUCACUUUGACCACAUCAGAGCAGUCAUUGGAUCUGAGUUCAUUGGGAUUGGUGGAAAUUAUGAUGGGACUGGCCGGUUCCCUCAGGGGCUGGAGGACGUGUCCACAUACCCAGUCCUGAUAGAGGAGUUGCUGAUUCGUGGCUGGAGUGAAGAAGAGCUUCAAGGUGUCCUUCGUGGAAACCUGCUGCGAGUCUUCAGACAAGUAGAAAGGGUGAGAGAGGAGAGCAGGGCACAGAGCCCUGUGGAGGCUGAGUUUCCAUACAGGCAACAGAGCACAUCCUGCCACUCCCACCUCAUGCCUCGGAAUGGACACCAGGCUACACAUCUGGAGGUGACCAAGCGGCCAACCAAUUGGGUCCCCUGGAGGUCCUCAAAAGCCUCCCCCUACCUUGUUCCAGGCCUUGUGGCUGCUGUCACCUUCCCAACCUUCAUCCAGUGGCUCUGCUGACAUGGCGCAUCCCCCCAGAGGUCACUGUGGCAAAGUCUCACAAAGCCCCCCUUCCUAGUUCAUUCACAAGCAUAUGCUGAGAAUAAACAUUUUACACAUG